AUGCAUCCAGGUAGACGAGCUAUGAUUUCUGGUCAGUCCUCACGGGAAGGGGACAUCAAGGCCCCACGAUACGACACAAACCGUGUUUCGAAAGCAACUCGACAAAAUCUUCCGUCAAAAAACUUUUCAUCAAAUAGGACAUCGCGAAUUAACCAGAGUAUCGAAGAUGAACAAACACGGAAAUGGGUGUUAGAAGAAGAUAAUUUUGUACUUAAGCAGGCCAAGAAGAAAUCAGAGAUACGGGUGAGGGAGGGAAGAGCUAAAGCUAUUGACUGGCUCGCUGUUAUUCUACGAGUUAUAGACCCGGAUAGGGAUUUACUCGAUGAUGAUGAGGAGGAAUUUGAACAUGAUGCCAUCGAUCCACAGAGUGUAUUUGAAUAUCUAGAUGACGCACAACUUGCUGAAUUAGAUAAAGACAUAUCAUCGUACCUGGCAUUAGAAAAGAAUAAGACAAAUCUAGAAUACUGGAAGACAAUGCAGAUUAUAUGUAACGACUGGCGCCAGAAGAUUAAUCCCGUUCACGAGGGACGCGCGAUCGGUUCCGUUGCCUCGGACGUUGACAAGUUACUCGGCUCAAAAACAUACGACCAGCUAGUAGAUUUGGAACAAAAGAUUAGAGAUAAACUUCGAUCCGAUGAACCGAUCGAUAUCGAUUACUGGGAUCACAUGCUUCGGAGUCUCUUGCUUUGGAAAGCGAAGGCAAAACUGAAGAAUGUUUACCAAUCUGUGUUGGAAAGUAGAUUUAUUAUCGUUCAGAAGCAACGCAAAGAAGAUGCAGAAAAAGCCAGGACCAAACUCCUCAUGCUCCUUAAAGGUUCUAUCCCAAUUAUAGAUAGGGGUAAACAAGCCAAUAUUCAAGUUUCACAAACUCAACAUCAACCUCUUUUCCCUUAUUCUAAGAUCUAUGACCCAAAAUCAUCCUCUUUUCCGGCUAAUAAAGGAACUCAAGAAGACUCUGUUGACGAAAAUGUCUUCAUCAAAAAAAUUAUUGAUGAGCGCGAGAAGAUUCUCAACAUGGGACAUGCCACAUCCCACAUAUUCUCAGCUGAAAAAAAGCUGUUACCCAACAAUAAAGCCUCUACAGCAAGAAAUAAUAAUUUGACGUCACUGAAGUGUUCUACAACAACCACAGAUGAUUACUCUCAAACUACUACAGCUCUAUACGACAGAGAAGUUGCCCGUGGCAUUGAUGAAGAUGAGGAAAUUUUCACUGGAGAAGAAGCAAUCACUACUGUGGCCAAGCCGCAGUGGGCGGACAAGUACAGGCCACGAAAACCCCGCUAUUUUAAUCGCGUACAGAUGGGCUAUGAGUGGAACAAGUACAAUCAAACCCAUUAUGACCAUGAUAAUCCACCUCCAAAAGUUGUCCAAGGGUACAAGUUCAACAUCUUCUACCCUGAUCUCAUCGAGAAAGCUAAAGCCCCAACUUUUAAGAUCAUCCGCGAAAAUGGACGUAAACGUGGUAUGUCAUUUGCACCAGCUGGAGAAGAAGACACUUGCUUAAUUCGCUUUAUCGCUGGACCCCCCUACGAGGAUAUUGCUUUCCGGAUUGUGGAUAAAGAAUGGGACUAUUCUGCGAAACGAGACCGUGGCUUUCGCAGUAGUUUUGACAAGGGUAUUCUCCAACUUCACUUUCAGUACAAGAAGGUAUGCUUAUGA